AUCUUCAUAUCCGACAGUCUCUCGUUGCAAACCAUAGCUUCGAGUGUAAAAUGAGUUUUAAAUCUAAAGUCGUAAUUGUCACGGGUGCGAGCUCUGGAAUUGGGGCCCAUAUAGUCACAGCUUUUGCCAAAGAGGGCGCCAACGUCGUUUUAGUAGCACGAAAUGAAGAAAGAUUAAAAAAAGUCGCUAAAGAUUGCGAAGGCUUCGGCUGCGAACCACUCAUCGUUAUAGCAGAUAUCACAAACGACGAUGAAGGGAAAAACGUAAUCGCUAAGACAAUUGAGAAAUUCGGACGACUGGAUGUGCUAGUUAAUAGCGCUGGUAUAUUGCGAACAGGUCUGCUCGAGAAAGGAGACAUUAUGGAAGUCUUCGACGAGGUUAUGAAGAUAAACGUGAGGGCUGCUGUAAAUUUGAUGAAGUUUGCUACUCCACACUUGAUUAAAACUAAGGGCAAUAUAAUCAGUAUUUCGAGCAUAGGUGGACAGCAGGUGUUUGCAGAAUUCACGGCCUCCUACUCAACAUCAAAGGCUGCACUUGACAUGUUCUCUCGUGGUGCUGCUGUUGAACUUGGUAAACAUGGCGUAAGAGUGAAUGUUGUUAGUCCUGGAGGUGUAUUAGGAACUAAUUUAUUGGCCAAUGCUGGCUUUGAUCCAAAAUUAACACCUGAUGAUGUCGCAUUUAGAUCUCUUCUAGGCAGAUGGAGUGAACUACAAGAGAUUGCUGAUAUAGUUUUGUUCCUAGCAAGUGAUAAAGCCAAGGGAGUCACAGGUAGCAACUAUGUGUGCGAUAAUGGUUACCUAAACGUUAAACAUUGUUUUAAAAAUGGUAUGUUGAAUUCAAAAUAAAUAUUAGAACAAGUAAUAGGAAGACUUAAUAUUCUUAACAGCAAAAUUAACUGAGUCACCGACGUUAUGAAGCACCAUUACGUUAUACGUUUUAAAUUAGGAUCUUAUUUAAUGGAGCUGAUAGUGUGUGUAUGUAACAUAGAUCAUUAAUAAUAACUAAUUAUACCUAACAUUGUAAACUAUGAUAUGAUAAUAUAAUUAAAACUAAAUUAUUUUAUUAAA